AUGACGGAGAAGAGAUCAGAUGCAUUGAAGAUCCUCCUCGCGAUAGUCUUCGCGUUCUUCUCCGUUCUUUUCGCGACUGCGGAGAAGACGCCCAGGAAGAUUUUUUGGGUGCCACACGUAGACCAAUCGGCUGAUUCCACGGAAAUCUUUGUCGAUUUCAUCGACGAAGAAGUGAGCACGAUCACUUUGAACUGGAACGUUCUCUCCAGCGACAUUUGGAUUUUGAAGAAAGUGGAAGCGGGAUACGUAUCACAAACGCCUGGUUUUCUCGAUUCGACGUGCUUGACGGGUGCGCAGUUAACAUCCUUGAGUGGCGCGGAAAAGCUUGUCGAUUAUACGACGACACAACCGUUCGGAGCGCUUGAAUUGAGCGUUGAAGUUGGAUGGACGUGGUAUUUAGUCGCCGGAGAGAAAACGGAGUGCGACGACGGCUACAAGAUUGCCAUUUCGAGGUCGGUGUACUCGCCGUCGCCGCCACCGCCGACUCCGAAAGCGCCGCCUGCCCCCUCGCCACCGCCACCGGUACCAGCACCACCACCGCCACACCCGGAACCGGGGACGCCACCGCCAUGGAACCUGUCACCGCCGCCGGUGGUGUUGGAACGAUUCGUGAACCCAAUGCUCGAGUUUUAUUCGUCCCUGCAAGGUAUGUUCAACGUGUUCCCGUACGGGUUACAAUACAAGCACGACAUGGGCUCGACCAUGUCGGGAAUAGGCCAACAACACAACAGGGAUUCGAUUGCUAUUGUUGCCAACGCGAUCGGUGCGGUGAAGAACGAAUCGUCUGCGCAGCCGCUCAUGCGCGGUGAUCCGUUACAAACGGCGUCUCAGUUUGUUGGGACGUUCAGCUUGACGUCCACAGCGACCGUGACUGACCUUUACCCAGGUAUUCUCAGAGCGAUGCAGGACAUCGCGAACUCGGUAUCUGUCACGGGCAUUGUGGAUGAAACUGGUGCAAACACGUACGCCGGCGUUGCGGUUGAAGUUUUGUUUCACCAAGAGCCGUACAGCUGCGAGAGAGUGCCGGGCGCUGUUUGCGACGCUGAUCUGACCCAGGAAGAUCGGGAAGCCGCGCCGGAUGAUGGCGUUCGCUCGGUAUCUGUUUCCUUGAGGCACCCGGAGAAGAGCUUCGUGACUCUCGCAAAGGAAGCGAUUCACGUCGCUUGCGAUUCGGGGUCUCUCGUUACCAAGUUGACCACGCCGGGAAAUAUCGGCGACGUCGGACCGAUCGAUACGGUGACUGAUUGCACAACUGGCGUAAGCACGCACGAUACGUGGGGCGUGUAUGAGCCAGUGGUUGAAGCCGACCCGAGAGGUGAGUUUGUCUACGCGACGUUCUAUUAUCCGGAUGGUUUCACGCCAGCAUUGGAGCAGCAAGUCGUUGACGCCGUCCUCCCAUAUGUGGGCGAACAGAAAUACGUGCAAACCGACUGUAAGUCCUGGCCGAUGUCUCCUCCAUCUCCACCACCUUCCUUCCCGUCGCCGCCACCGAAUUCACCGCCUCCACCGAACAAACCACCGGGGUGGGUGGCACCGCCGCCGCCGCCGCUACCGUCAAGGAAUCCGCCGCCGCCAUCGCCGCCGCCGCCAAGUCCUCCUCCCCCACCGCCAUCGCCGCCGUCGCCACCGCCCGCGGCUCCAUCGCCGCCGCCACUUUCACCUUUCCCUCCGCCAUCGCCGCCGCCGCCGUCGCCACCGUCGCCACCACCAGCGUCCCCAUCGCCGCCACCGCCGCCGUUGCCGCCGCCUGGCAUGCCGCCGCCGUCUGAGGCUGCUAUGUAUUGCAACAUUUAUGUCUCUUUACCGACCAGUUCAGUCAAGAAUCAAGUCAAAGCUGCUAUUGAUGCGCUUGCGGAUGUCAAAUCCACGCAGGGAAAUUCAGCUCCGGUACGAGCUGGAGGUCGAGCAAGGUAUACUUCCAUCGAGUUGGAGUCGAAGGAUCAAUCCUUCGAAAUGGGCUUUAUUGCGGCUCGGCUGUAUACGUUUACGGCCACAGAACUUCAGAGAUUGCGAGACAAACUCACUUCUGUCCCAGGCUUGUAUACCAUUAGGUUCGGGUGGUUGGGCGCCGAAAACUCUAUUGGAAGGAAGUUCAGUGCGAAGGCCAAGACGUUGUCGCAAGCGCGCGCUUUUCAUUUAGCUGUUCAGCAAUGGGUGAACACUUUACCAGCCUCAACUGAGAAAGAUCAAGAGUGCAUAGAAACUUGCACGGCGAGUGGAGUAGAAGAGGCUCAGUGCAUAUGCACGUAUGGCCAGGUGUUCGUCAUCGACACUGGCGCCGGCGUACCGGAAAAAAUCUCUAUGAACCAGAAGAUGACCAUUUAUCACGACAAUUUCUUCUACUCUGGGGAAUACGAUGAGUCGUCUGCGGUUACGCAACAAUCUAUUCGAACGUACGAUUUGAGUAAAUCAAUGGCAAGCGCCCUUGGUUAUCCGGUGAGUUUCAGGUUCAAUCGAUUGGGUUAUGUGGAGAGAAAGCCGUUGGCGCCGCCGCCGCCACCACCGUUGAACUUAGCUCAAAUCAUUUACAACGGCAUCGAGAAUGUGAACGACGAAGGUUACUUCUUGUCGCCGAGCGAUAGCGUUGGUUUCGCGUUCGGUAUGGUGUUAAUUAUUGUUGUAUUGGCGUACGGUAUGAAGUUAUUUGGCGAACCGCGCGACUCGUUCAAGUUGUUGUUCUUCUGCUUCUACCCGAAGUUCCGCAAAAAGUACAGAGAGAUGGCGAAGAAUGCCGUUGAGAAGAUUAAAGAGGACAAUAGAUUUGAUACCAACGAUAAGGAGGGUGGUUCAGCGAACAGUAGCGACUUAGGUGACGAAGAAGCUGGAGCUUCUAGACCUUUCAUCAAGAAGUUUUAG